GUUCGUACUCUAUCACUCACCGUCUUCAGUAAAUUUCAAGAUGUUUCCCUCUGUCACUCUCAACAAUCUCCCGAACGAACUCCUACUUAUCAUUUUUCAAGACCUCGAUACCUCGAGCCUCAUUGCUGUUUCAUGCCUGUGUAGGCGAAUCAAUGCCUUAGCACUUUCGCAAAUCCUCUUCCCGCGUACAGAUGAUCUCGAGACCGGACUAUGCGCCAACGCUAUGCGGUUCGGUGGUCCCUGGGGCCGUCUACCAUUCAACUGCGUGCCUGCUCUCCGGCUCUCCUUCUCGAUGAAGCACCCCGUGCAUUUCUUCUCUUGCCAAUUCUCGCUGGUAGAGUGUGUGAAGGAGAUGGAGCAGGUAACGAGGCUUUUCAAGACGGGGAGAGUGUUGGAAUAUGUUUUCUUGCGCUUCCCAGAAUUUCCAGCUGUCUUCCGGCAGCCAUCGACGUAUUCUCCCACAGAUUGUGGUGCAGCGUUUUCGAGCCUCCUUCGUCACCUGCACCGCGUGCAGUCACAUACACUCGACAUAACCUGCGCACCCCAAGUCGAGUACGACGACAGGACCAAGUUCGAUGGACCCGCCGUUGGCACACUCAAGGAUAUCACCAUAUCUCGCGCUCAUUUUAUGCUCACAGAUUUCUUCCGUGACUGGACCGUCAGCACGAUGAACCUGUCCCCCCUCACGGCAGUGUCGCUUGAGAAUGUAGAUAUUUCCGCCCUGCUUCCCUCUCUCUCUCUCUCAUCCUUGCAAAAACUCGUUAUCCGGUGUCCUGAUCUGCAUCUCAGCGACAUCAUGCCCUUUCUAUUGCGCCAUCCUACCAUCCGCAAUCUCACGCUCAGAGUGACCUGCGACAAUGCGACCCUUGCCCCAGGUUCCCUUCCUGAGCUGAAAGAUCUCAGCUCUUCGGCGGAGUGUCUGUCUCAAUUGCUCUCUUCUCCUGGUUCCAUGCUCCACCUUCACAGCGUGACCUGCUAUGGCUCGGUCACCCCCUUCCCUAUUACACCGCCACCCUCAAAUGUCGUGCAGAUGCUUUUCCAAAACGUCGCCCUCCAUGGUGCCAUCACCACUCUUGAUCUGCCUCUCUCAGAUUUGAACAUAUCGGAGGAGUGGCUAAGUGUGACUCCGAGAUUUGAGCACCUCCUUACAGGAAUCACAGCCUUGUAUAUCGAUUCCUCGAUAAAUGCCAAGGAGGAGAGUGUGGUGAAGCAGCGGAUUAUAGAGUCGAUCGUGCUGUUUCCAAAGGUGGAGACUCUGACGUUGUUCGGGUGGCCACGGUGUGAGGAGUUUGCUAGGAGUAUAAAAGCAGCCUAUCCUCGUCUUCAGAAGGUCUUUUCGGGUCUCACGGAUAUUUCAAGAUCCAUUAUUUAGCACAAACUUAGGUUGGUCUCAUAACAACGUCCAAUUCUACAUCUUAAGAUUUUGAUCUGAGUGGGGAUGCAGGGAAUCCCUACUAGUGAGAGGAGUUGAUACGCGUCGCUGACAGAAUAAGGCAGACGCUACUGCUCGCCACAAGCGUGAUAUGUAUGUAUGCUUGCCAAGGCAGUUUGUUUCCUACCUUUUAUCGCUGACGUGGGUAUCUCUCUGUUGAAUGGAUGCAUGAUAGUCGAUAGGGACUUACCUGGUCGUAAGCAUAUUGGUUGG